AUGGUGUUCCGAGGCGACACGGUGAUGUCCGUAGCGCAUCUAUCGGCGGAGAUAUUUCAGCGGUUACGGUGGAUUCCGGCGUCGGAUAGAAUCAGAAGCGGCGAGAUGUUGCAGCUCGUUUGCUGUUUUCCGCUUCAGCAAUUGGGUCGAUUCGUGUUAUGGUUCUGGAAUUAUAUCUGUGUUGCCCCACCAGAACCUGAUGAUGAUUGGGAUGACGAUGAUGAUGAUGAUGAUAAUUCAUCGUCUUCUUCUUCUUCUUUGAUUGUUAAUCAUCAGAAUUACUAUCAUCUUCAUUUAGAGUGACGAAAUGUUCUGACGUUCUGUGAUGGGAGGAUGUUGAUAUAAUCUUGUUCUGUAUUCAAAGAAUCGGUUUUGUUCUAAGAAUGAUUAGUUAGUUAAGCGUGUUUAAUGUGUUUAAUUAUAGCUUUUGAUUGACAUAUAGAUUAUAAUGAAAUUCCAGUUAACUA